UUCCAAAAAAUUAAAAAUAAAACAAAAAGAAAACCACCAUAAACGACGAAGAUAGCUAUGGCGGUAUUUUCUCUCUCCUCCAAUCAUCAUCACAUUUAUCAUCAUCAUCAUCAGUUUCUUCGUCAUCACAAUCACUCUGAACUUUCUCUCUCGUCUGAAAGGUUAUAAAUUUCGUCGAAAUUAUUCCAAUUUCGUUUCUGAUUGUUGAUGAUGACGAUAAUUUAAUUCUCGAACUUCGUUUUUAUCCGAUUAGGGUUUCAAUUGAGUUUCCAGUUCUCAGGUAUUUUAUUUUCUUGUUUAAUCGGUGGUAAAGUUGAUUAUAGGUUGAUUUUAGGCUUGUUAUAUUGAUUUCGGAUAAUCUGGUUUUUUAUGCUCAAGUUAAUUUGAUUAUUGUGGAAUAUUGUAGUGAAUUUUAUAUUGUAUUUGAGUUCAAUGGUGAAAUUCUGGGGUUUGGACUAUAGUAAUGUGUAAUUUAGAGAAAGAAUGUCUGGAAGAGUCAUCAAUUGAUUAUAAUCAACUGCUAAAUCAGGCUGAUUUUGUUGCAAUGGAUAGUAGUAAUACUAGUGUGAGUAAUAAUAUAGCGAAUUUAGGUAAUGAUGAAGCAACUAGAGUGAAGUUUUUGUGUAGUUUUGGGGGGAGUAUUUUGCCUCGUCCUCAGGAUGGCAAGCUUAGAUAUGUUGGGGGAGAGACGAGGAUUGUGAGUGUUCCGCGUGAUAUUGGGUAUGAGGAAUUGAUGGGGAGGAUGCGGGAGCUUUAUGAGGGAGCCGCGAUAUUGAAGUAUCAGCAACCUGAUGAGGAUCUUGAUGCCCUUGUGUCGGUUGUUAACGAUGAUGAUGUUAUUAAUAUGAUGGAGGAGUAUGAUAAGUUGGGGUCCGCUGAUGGGUUUACCAGACUAAGGAUUUUCUUGUUUUCUCAUCCGGAGCAUGAUGUAUCACCACAUUACAUGGAUGGGGAUGAGAGGGAGACUGAGAGAAGGUAUGUGGAUGCUUUGAAUAGCCUUUGUGACUCCCCAGAGUAUAGGAGACAACAGCUUAAUGAUUCCCCAAUAAUGACUCCUGUUGAUGAAGUUCACAUUGCUGAUCAGCUCUUUAGUUCAAUGAAUCUCGAAGGAAAUGUGCAUAAUCAGAGAAACUAUGAGAUGGGUUUGGCACAGUAUAGUUUGAGGCAGCUUGCUAUUCCUAGUAUGGGUUCAGGGCAACAUAUGGCACCUGCUCCACCAAGAUACAACGAAGAAGCUCCAUGGAGUCCCGCAUUCUAUUCCCCUAGAUGCGCUGGACUUCAGGAUACACGCACAUUCACUGAAUUUCCAUCUUCACCAUCAUCUGCUCGUUGUCGCAUACCUUUUCAAGAAGUACCAGAUAAAUGUAUGGACAGGAUGCUGGAUGAACCUACUCUUCAACAAGUAAAUAGUCAAGUUCUAUUUGACCAUCAACAGCAGUACACCGACAACGUAGCCUGGCUGCCCACUGGAGGCGUACCUGUUGACCGGGGUGGAUUUCCUGGCAACAUACUUAAUGGGCACAGUGUUCUGGAUGGACCAAACGUCUGUGAGCAUUGCAAGAUGACUUUUCAAAGGAAUCCAGUUGCUUCUGACUAUCACUGGAAGGCUGAUAGCCAGUGUCAUAUGGAACAGGCCAAUGUUGCAAAUGGAUUUCCUCAGGUUGCCAAUCACUGUGUUGAAUGCCUUCCAAAGAGGGAACCUGUUAUGUUGAACACAGAUCCAAAGUUACAGCAUAGCUUACCUGGAGUUGGAAGGAUGGGUGAGUAUUACAACUUAGAUGGUUCUGGUGCAAGUAUUUCUAUGAGGCCGAAUAACUUACUGGAGGGGCCCCUUGUGCCAACAACUUAUGCGCACCUUGAAGAUCCUCGUUACAUUCGAGCUGGUGCUGAAUUGGGAGGUGAGGUAUUCCAUGGCCAAGCCGUUCCUCCUGGCUCACAUGCUCAUAUUCCCUUGGAAGAGCGAGGUGUCCAUGCUCCAAACUUGACCUACUCUUAUGGUACUGACAUUCCUCACCAAGGAUUACGUAGCCAUCCUUCUGCACAGGCUACGUGGAGGAAUGUCCCAACCCCAGUGCAUGUGCCUCCAGUGUAUGACUCGUCGAAUCUCCAGCUGAGAAACGGUGUGCCUAGCCCAGUAGUUCCCAGGGCGAAUGUUGAAGCCAAUCCAAGAGUCUUCGUUGGAGUUGAUCAAAGUCCUUGGGGUGAGUCUUCGCGGAGGAGGCUAGGAGCUGAAGGAUCUGCUGCACCAGAUUAUCCAUAUAGCCAAUAUUCGAAGUUGAGUGCUGGUGUUCCAUUACAGGAAGUUCAUCCAAUAUAUCCUCAAGAUCCUUUAAGAAGUACACCUGGUAUGGUUAGUAUCCCUCCUAUGGAAUCUAUGAGACCUUCUGAGUUGCCCUCAAUUUUAAUGAAUGAGAAUACGCUGCCUUCUGGAGCUAGAGAUCACACUUCAGUACAAAGAGAUGAUACUGAUAAUCCUGGGGUCUGGUUUGGUGAAAGAAGCAUCCAUCAUGAAUUAAGUGAAACUACUAACUUGAGAAAAGCUGAACGCCCAGGUGCAGAUGGUUUCAUCUCUAUUGAACAAAAUAAUAAUACAGAGAAGAGUUCCACUUUGAUGUCACCCAAUGCUAUCAUGUCCAAUGGCAUAAAGUCUGCUGGAGUAAUUAAGGAUGGUACUGAACAGGGAGAAAUCAAUAAUUGUUUACCAACAGAGAAGGUAGACUUGAGUUUCCUGCCUGAAUUAGUUGCGUCUGCCAAGAAAGCUAAACUGGAAAGUGCUGAAAGGGUGAAAGCCAGAGCUCAGGAAGAUGGAAAUCCUGCUAUCUUGCACGACAGACCUGCAAGAGUUGCUGAAACUGACGAAACAUUAGCGGAUGUUGAUGGUAAUUCAGAGGGUGGAUCUGAAAAUGAUAAUAUUGAUACUUCUAAGAUUGAGCGCACGGAGGCUGAAGACGAAGUUAUUGCUAAAGGCCUUCAGACCAUUAAAAAUGCUGAUCUAGAAGAGAUUCGGGUACUUGGCUCUGGGACAUAUGGCUCUGUUUUCCAUGGGAAGUGGAAGGGUUCUGAUGUAGCGAUAAAGAGAAUCAAAGCCAGUUGCUUUGCCGGACGACCUUCUGAAAGAGAACGACUGAUCGCAGACUUUUGGAAGGAGGCUUUCUUAUUAAGUUCAUUGCAUCAUCCAAAUGUAGUUUCCUUUUAUGGUAUAGUACGUGAUGGGCCUGAUGGAACAUUAGCAACAGUUACUGAAUUCAUGAUUAAUGGAUCACUGAAACAGUACUUGCAAAAGAAGGACAGAACAAUUGAUCGCCGUAAGAGACUCAUCAUAGCUAUGGAUGCAGCAUUUGGAAUGGAAUAUUUGCAUGGGAAGAACAUAGUGCAUUUUGAUUUGAAAUGUGAAAAUCUUCUGGUCAACAUGAGGGAUCCUCAUCGGCCAGUGUGUAAGAUUGGUGAUCUGGGCUUGUCAAAGGUGAAGCAACAUACUUUGGUGUCAGGUGGUGUUCGUGGGACUUUACCGUGGAUGGCCCCGGAGCUGCUUAGUGGAAAGAGUAACAUGGUGACAGAAAAGAUUGAUGUUUACUCAUUUGGAAUUGUAAUGUGGGAGUUGCUCACUGGGGAGGAACCUUAUUCAGAUAAACAUUGCGCUUCUAUUAUUGGUGGUAUUGUGAACAAUACAUUGCGUCCUCAAAUCCCAACCUGGUGUGAUCCUGAAUGGAAGUCUUUAAUGGAAAGCUGUUGGGCGCCUGAACCGGCUGAGAGGCCAUCAUUUUCAGAGAUUUCCCAGAAGCUGAGGAGUAUGGCUGCAGCAAUGAAUGUGAAAUGAUGGCACAAGGCAGCCACAAACUUUGCAGGUUUGAUGCUAUUAGCUGGGCCAAUGAUCUCUCAAGUUAUGGAAAGAUAAUAAUAUAUGCUGCAUUUUGCUUCAUUCUCAACUCUGAUGAAGCAUAAAGGCUAUACCAUCAGUUCAUAUAUAAUUCUUUUGUGUGUAUGCACACUGUUACCUGACAUUCAGAAAGAUCAGAAACUUGGGAGUGCCUUCCCAAACAGAAUGUAAGUUUUUCCUUGCUUGCAAGAUACACCUGAAACUUUGGUUUAUUUAUCUUCAGUUAAGACUAACAGUGUGUGACGAGCAAUUAUUGAGGAAGGGGAGGCAUGGAACUUAGAGGAGAGGGAGGAAGUAUGAGUCGGCUUGUGUAUUCCUUUCAAACCUUUCUUAUUGGAAGAUUUAGUACAUUAAAGGGGAAGGAGAACAUUAAUCUUCUAAUUCUCUUCCCACACUUUCCGCUUCCUAUAACUCCAUAUAUACACACAAAAAACUGUGUCCCUUGUCUCUUACCUCCCCUCCUCAGAUUCCCCUCAUCCGAACUCACUAAAGAUAUUUGAAUGACGCUUUGGAGCUUAAUCUUGGAAUCAUGUCACCUUUGUGCAGAGUGCGAUGUUUACAAAAAUGGUGGUCGAUCCGUUGAGAGGAGGGUUCUUUCGAUAUCUAAGCAGAAGUUGUGGACUCGAUUGUAUAUAAGCCAAUAUAACAUAUAGCAUGAUCCAUAAAGGAGCAAAUACUAUUUUGCUUGUAUUUGACUGAGGAAGGGGUCAAGUUCUUUUGGUUUACACUGUAGAACAUGAAUAAAUUCUGGGUAACAGUCAUUGACUUCGUGUACGCAGCUGUAUAGAAACACAUGAUUCUUGCUUCAAUGGCACUCUAUAAUACUGAUGUAUUGUUAUCACAAAUUGAUGAUUCUGUUGUCAAGCAACGAGCUAAAAAUACGCCUGGAAGAGAAGCUUAGCUAAAUGAUAUUGUGACAUAUUUUUUGAUUUCAA